GAAAAUGGCUCUUGCUGGGUUUUUCUUGGUGGGUUUUCUGGGAAUGUUCUCAUCUGUGUGUGGCUAUGGAGGGGGUUGGAUAAAUGCUCAUGCCACUUUCUAUGGAGGUGGUGAUGCUUCUGGAACAAUGGGGGGUGCCUGUGGGUAUGGGAACCUAUACAGCCAAGGUUAUGGAACAAACACAGCUGCUUUGAGUACGGCUCUGUUCAACAAUGGCUUAGGCUGUGGCUCAUGUUACGAGAUUAGGUGUGUAAAUGAUCCAAAAUGGUGCUUGCCUGGUUCCAUUGUGGUCACAGCCACUAAUUUCUGUCCACCAAACAAUGCUCUCCCUAACAACGCUGGAGGCUGGUGUAAUCCUCCUCAGCACCAUUUUGAUCUCUCUCAGCCUGUUUUUCAGCACAUUGCCCAAUACAAAGCUGGAAUUGUCCCUGUAUCUUACAGAAGGGUACCAUGCGGGAGAAGAGGAGGCAUAAGGUUCACUAUCAAUGGCCAUUCGUACUUCAACCUAGUCCUGAUCACAAACGUGGGUGGUGCUGGUGAUGUUCAUGCUGUUGCAAUCAAAGGGUCAAGAACCCGUUGGCAGGCAAUGUCUAGGAACUGGGGCCAAAAUUGGCAAAGCAACACCUAUCUCAAUGGCCAAAGCCUCUCAUUCAAGGUCACUACCAGCGACGGCCGUAGUGUUGUGUCUAACAAUGUUGCUCCAGCUGGGUGGUCCUUUGGCCAGACUUAUAGUGGGGCUCAAUUCCGCUAGCCGGUCAAAUGUCUGAAAUACCCUUAAUGCAUUUAUAUUUAUAUAUAAUACUAGGUAGUAUGACUCGUAAGUAUACUAGGGUAUUAGAUAGUAUACUAUUUGUAUUGGGGUCAAUUUUUUUCCCUUUUUUUUUGCAGCCAAAAAAAAAAAAAAAAA